AACAUGAAGCUAGGUUCACGAGACUAGAACAGAGAAAUAAAGAAAAGACCAACCUUAUUGCCAAAAUGGAUAAUUAUAUCAAGGAAAUCAAACAAUCAUCGGCCAAUGCCAGCUCUGUCGAGAAUCCCAACAAUGUUGUUCACCUGGAACAGGUAGUCAAAGAAUCGAUUCCAAAGGAAUCAUCUGUAGAGUCAGCGAUACUCUGUGAGUCUUUUGGAAAUAAGCAAGGCACUCCACCCCAAAAAAUUCCCUAUAAUCAGAAAGUAGAACAAGAUUUAAUAUGCGAAUUACUUGAAUUUAUUAAAUACCAUAAUUCUACGUCCUUACCGAAUUCUAUAUCUAGCAAACAUAUUCCAGAUGUCCCAGUCAAUGCUGACCUAACUCCAGGUUCUGUACUUUAUUUAGCUCAUUUAUUCGACAAGGCUAAAAAGACUGGUCAGAAAGAAAAAUUACGAUGA